AUGUCAUAUGCGGCGGCUACCACGACCAACAAUCAAGCAGAAUACAGAGGGCUAUUAUACGCUGCAAGGACACCUGAGAUUCGACCACUGCACGUAGUUGGGGACAGCCAGCAUAUCGUUCGACAGCAACACCGGCGCAACCCGCCCAAGGUGGAGCACCUCCGUGUGCUCUACCAACGCUGCCGAGUGGCGGCGGAUAUAUGUGUAGUACGCUCGUGGAUUUAUCAUCUUCGAGAGUUCAACAAGACGGCGGACUGGCCGGCUAAUAUGGCAAUGGACUCCAGAUUCAGCAGACAGGUCGUGUUUGAUGGGAAUGCGCACAGCGAAACCCUGUGGAGGCCCGCAGCUCAACUCGCGGCUGGGGAUAUACAAUACUGGAUGGAUGGGCGCUUAUCAGAACGGUAA